AUGUUUGUAGGGAAGGAACAUGAUGUCCUACGGGAACCGAAUGAUGAUAUAAAUACCUGGUUUCAGACUUGGGAUAAAGAUUCCAACGCGGGAAUUGGAGUCGAUGCAGCAAAUGACCCGGACGCGGAUUCAUAUGACAGUGAGUACUUUGACAGUCUAGACAGUGGUGAAGAAGACAGUGAAGGGUCAACUGUAAAGCGUAAGAAAAGGUAUUACCAGUGGAAGAAAAAGCGAGACUGGAGUCAGACAGUGGAGUUAAGUGUAGAGUUGAGGUUUACUAACCCGAAAGAAUUUAAAGAAGCAUUGCAACUAUUCGCAGUGCAAAAUAACUUUGAUUACAAGUAUGUGCAUAACGAGCAAAAACGGGUAACCGCCCACUGCAAAUCGUUAUGUCAAUGGAAAAUACAUGCCUCCUGGACGCCAUGUAGAAAGUAUUUUCAGAUCAAGACUCUCCAUGAUGAGCAUAACUGUGGCAGUGAUUACUACAACAAGAAGGCAACUAUCAGGUGGGCUGCAAAUCGAUAUGUAGAGAUUUUUCGAGACCAAAGAAGCUUUAAGGCUAGGGCGUUGAAGGAAAUGAUACGCCGAGAUUACAACGUGCAGAUGACAAUAUUGAGUUGCCAUCGUGCAAAGAAGAUGGCAAUCGAAAUCCUCGAUUGUCACACCCGAGAGUAUUGCAAUGCAUUGCGGAAGUGGAAUCCCGGUAGCUCGGCUUACAUCCAAAGGGACGGAGUGUUCUUCCAAAGGAUGUAUGUUUCUUUGAUGGCAUGUAAAGAAGGAUUCUUGGCAGGAUGUAGGCCGAUGAUAUGUGUUGAUGCAUGUUUCAUUAAGACGAAAUGGGGUGGGCAGUUGCAUGCCGCAAUCGGCCGUGACGGUAAUGAUGACAUAUAUCCUAUUGCAUUUGCGGUAUGCGAGACCGAGAACAAGGAGAUAUGGACAUGGUUCUUGGUCCAACUGUUGGAGUAUAUUGGGCUUCCGCGGGAGCAUAUGUGGUCGUUCAUGUCGGACCGACAGAAGGGACUAAUCGAUGCUCUGGAGGAUCUAAUGCCCGGCCUCAAGCAUCGUUAUUGUGUUAGGCACCUGCAUGCAAACAUGAAGGGGAAGGGAUGGAAGGGGAAGGAGUUCAAGGACGCGUUAUGGGGUGCAGCUAGGGCACCCAAUGAAGUCCAAUUUAAGUACUACCUCUCUGUCAUUGGAGGUAUGGACAAAAAAGCUCUCGAGUACAUUGAGGGGGUUGACCCAAAAAUGUGGGCAAGGCACGCAUUUCGAACCACCAGCUGCAGCGACAUCUUGCUAAAUAAUGUCGCCGAGAGCUUCAAUGCUUGGGUGUUGGAAGCAAGAGGCCAGCCGAUACUAACUUGUUUCGAGACUAUACGGUGGCAGAUUAUGAACCGGUUCAGUAAGAAAAAUGCUGGGGCAGCAACGACACCGAAUGUAAUUUGUCCAAAGAUUGUGAAGAAGUUGGAGAGAAACAAGUUAGAGGCGAAGAACUAUAUUUGCCGGUGGAGCAAUCAGAUGCAGUUUGAGGUCGAUAGUGCCCAUGAGUCUCAGCGGGUGGUGGAUCUUCAAGGAAGAACAUGUGGCUGUGGGAGGUGGCAACUUAAUGAAAGUCCUAUGCCUCCGGGAUUUGUCCUAUGCCUGGCCCAGAUGAGUGGCCUGUUGAUGAGGGUGUGGAACCUAUAA